AUGGGGACCGGAAGCAGUCUAGAUACACAUCGACCUAAAACUGCAGCCAUGGCAUCUGUCUCUGUAUGCAACAGGACCAUCCAUGGAAAGUCGGAGCGAAUGAAACUAAAUCUCAUGAAUCUAAAAGGGAAAGUUUCAAUAAUGAAAAAUGAAAUCUCCAGGAUUAUCAACUUACCUUCUCAGGACUUCGAUCUGGUGUACUGUGGACAGAGAUUGGAUGAUGACAAACAGAUGGAACAGUAUGGCCUAAAAAAUGGUUCAACAGUGUUUGCUCUGAAGAGACACAUUCAGUAUUCUGUCAAUGACGCAGAGCAAAUGUCUCCAGUAGCUGUGAAGAAUUUGGUAGCAACAUUGAGGUCGGCUCUGCUUAAUCCAGCUUAUAGAACAACAGUUGAAAGAAUAUUGAAUGAACCUGAUGCCAUGGAGAAUGUAAUUGCGGCCACCCCUGGAUUAGACAAGGAUCCUGUUGCUUUAGCAAUGUUACAAGACCAGGAACUCUUAGCUAUACUAGCUCAUCCUGAUAACAUACAAAAAAUUGUAGAGAAGCACCCUUCCUUUGGUCAAGCUGCCACACUUAUAGCUGCAGAAGUCAGCAAGGAAGGAAGGUUGGAAGACUCUGACCACACAGCAACAGGAACCUAUUCCCUAGAUCAGAUGUCAGAUGAUGAAGACAUGCCAAACAAUCGACCAGAACCAUCUAUGAUAGGAGGACAAGCCAUCACAGCUUCCCAACUAUCUGCUGCUCUGGCAGCUGCUACUGGUAGCCCUUCUCAGCCACCUCCAAACCAGGCCAUCCCCCCUCCAGCCUACAACUCCGCACAAAGACCUGCAGGUUCAUCAGGCAUCACACAGGAUUUUUUCCAGCAGGCAAUUCAGCAGGCUACCACAGCUACUCAGAGUCAGAUCCAGCAGCUAAGGGACAUGGGAAUCAUGGAUGAGGCCUUGGCAAGACGUGCUCUACAAGCAACAGGAGGGGACAUUCAUGCUGCACUCGACCUCAUCUUUGGAGAUGGACAUUUCUGAACUUUUUAAUGAAACUCAGCAAUAUCUAGAAGAGCCAUCACUGGAAAUCAUUCUAGAUUAUUUUUCGCAUAGACUUAAAUAUGGUAUUUUUCAUUUUGAAUAUCCUGUAUAGAUCAAAUUCUAUGAAAGAAAAACCACGUUGUUGAAGAGUUUUAUUCUGUGUAAUACAUGGACUUCAGUUCAGAGCUACAACAGCUUGGUUUGUGUGAUAUAAAGUGGUGAUUUAAAAUUUCCUGGUAUGUAUUUUUAUUGAUUUAAUAUCAAUUUUGUACCUUUGUGGUAUCAAAUAGUAUUAGUGAGAUUGAACAAAAGACAUGACAAUGUUUGUGCAAUAAAAUGUUGUAAAAGUUAU